UCCCCGCCCGUUGCCCGCUCCGCCCGCGCUGCACGCGCUCCCCCGCGCCCGCUGCUGAUGAGAAAGCGCUGCGGCCCCAGUCACCAUUCACCAUGGUGUCGACGGUCGCCUGGGCCAUGAUGGCGCAACUGCUGAGUGCGCCGACCCGCCUGCACGCCGCGCGUGGACUGCUGUGCUGACCCUGCCCCCAGAGCGCGAUGCCAUCGACGCGGAUCCAGAUGGUCAGUCCCCCGCCGUGCUCGUCUGCCGUCUACCGUCUGAAUCGUCCGAAUGCUGAUGCGCCGACAGAGGACGCCCCCGAGGCUGGCCAGAAGGAGAUCUUCACCUCGUGGGCCCUCUCCAUCCUGAUCGUGCUGCUCAUCAUCGCCCUCUUCACGAGCUACAUCAUGCAGACGCGCAAGAUCCAGGCCGUCCACGAGACCGUCCUGUCCAUCUUCGCCGGCAUGGUCGUUGGCCUCAUCCUCCGCGCCACAGGCGCAGUUGGCUCCGUCCUGGAUGCUGUCAGCUUCGACUACCAGAUGUUCUUCAACCUCCUGCUGCCGCCCAUCAUUCUUUCCGCCGGCUACGAGCUGCAUCAAGGCAACUUCUUUAGGCAUAUUGGUAGCAUUCUUACUUUUGCCUUCGCCGGCACCUUCAUAUCUGCCGUGUCGCUCGGUCUGAUCCUGUUCCUGUGGACACGCAUCCCCCUCGAUGGCUUCAAGAUCAACUUCGUCGAAGCCAUGUCCGUUGGCGCCACCCUCUCAGCCACCGACCCCGUCACAAUCCUCGCCAUCUUCGACACAUACAAGGUCGAGCCGAAGCUGUACACCCUCAUCUUCGGCGAAUCAAUCCUCAACGACGCUGUUGCCAUUGUCUUGUUCGAGACGGCACAGAAGUACAAGGACGGCGCAGAGACACUGGGCAUCAUGAGCCUGUUCGAGGCUUUCGGCAUCUUCUUCGGCGUCUUCUUUGGCAGCCUGUUCAUCGGCGUCAUGGUCGGCAUCAUCGCAUCGUUGACGUUGAAGUUCACUUAUGUUAGGCGCUAUCCCAAGACCGAAACCUGUUUGAUCAUCCUUGUCGCAUACCUUACAUACUUCCUCUCCAACGCUAUUCACAUGUCUGGUAUUGUGUCGCUUCUGUUCUGUGGCAUCUGUCUCAAGCAUUACGCCUACCACAACAUGUCCAGGCGCACCCAGCUGUCGACCAAGUUUGUCUUCCAAGUCACCUCACAAUUGUCGGAGAACUUCAUCUUCAUUUAUCUUGGAUUGUCGCUCUUUACCGACAGAAAGCUCGACUUCAAGCCCCUUUUCAUCCUCAUCACAGUGGCCGGUAUCUGUGCCGCUCGUUGGGCUGCUGUGUUCCCUUUGUCAAAGGCUAUCAAUGCUGUCUCCAGAUAUCGCCAGCGGCGCCGCGGUGUGGACACCACUGAAGAGGAGAUUCCGUACGCACACCAGGCCAUGAUAUACUGGGCGGGAUUACGUGGCGCUGUGGGUGUUGCGCUUGCAGCUGGACUGACAGGCAACAAUGGCGACACCUUACGCGCUACUGUGCUCGUUGUAGUCGUGCUGACCGUCAUCAUUUUUGGCGGCACAACGGCACGCAUGCUGGAGAUUCUUGGUAUUCGCACUGGCGUAGUAGAGGAGAUUGACUCCGAUGACGAGUUCGAUAUCGAGGUCGUCAACGGUGGUACCUUCCAGCGCAACAAGGGCGCAGGCAUCGGCCACACUCCUCAACCCAGUCAGAAUGGAUUCGGGCUCAGCAAUGUCAAUGGCGCAUACUCCAGCGGCUCCGUGGGUCGCAGCAGUCCUCCCACAAGACCCAAUGGGCAGCCAAUGCGACGGAACUCUAGCAAGCAGCGUUUCGGAGAUGGUGCUGAUCAAGGUCUUCUAAGUCCUGGCGACAGCAACUCCGCUGACGAGGACGAUGCAGACCUCGACCUUCCACCCAACGCGCGUAGAUCACCGAAUCGCCAUGCAUCACCAGCCGGCGCCUCACUCGAUCCACUUUACCCGACCUCGGGCCAUAGAAUGGCAGAGACUGGGGCAGGAGAAGGAUCGAGCAGAGUCGCUGCUGCGACAGACGCAGUGAAACAAUUGUUCAGCGAAAUAAGCCAGGACCCAGCCAACGCGUUCAAACACAUUGAUGAUGGCUUCUUAAAACCACAUCUCCUUCUGGACCCGGGGCAAGGAAAGCCAGGACCUAGCAACGUGUAAGAUCUGGGAUUUGUAGCAUUCGAGCAUAUCUGGCGUUUGGGGAACAUUGAUUGCCGCAUCGCUUGACGCGAUCAGCGAUGUGCGUAUGAACAACCGCGGUAGCAAAUAUUUGCAAUGCAUUUAGGCUAUAGCAUUAUGUCUUUCGAUCCUCCAUAUUCGCCACAACAAACGUUCCUCAGCAGCAUGUGGCUUCCCUGAAU